CCUGGGAACCACGUAGCAGCAUUAAACAUCUUGAGGUCUUUAAAGUUUUUGAGAAAGAACACAAAAAACAACGCUCCUCGACAAAAAAAGUUAAAAAUGGUAAAGAAGAAAAAGGAGGUGCAGAUCAAAUUAAAAAAUGGGAAAAGUUCUUUGAAGCAUGCUGUGAUCUACCUACAAAAUUGAGGAAAAAGUAUGCUUCUACAUUUGUCAAGCAAAGAAUACAGCCCAAUUUGCUACGUGAUUUGGGAUGACCUUAAAGAAUUGGGCAUUAGUGCACUGGGAGAUCAGGGAAUUGGACUAUGUGGAAGGAAGCCAGACCGAAGGAUAGUUGAUGGAAAAAUAGCCAGGGAAUGGGACUGAUAUGGAAGUGAGCAAGACCAACGGGUAGUUGAUGGGUGAUUACCAGGGGCGGACAAGGUUGAGGAAAAAAGACGGGUUUUGGGUUCAUUUUCAAAGUUUUCUUUGUUAG